AGGAAGGAAAGGGUCAACAAGUCAAGGCAAGGGAAGGGAAGGGAAGCCAGCGCAUCUCCCUCCACCAGCCGCCACCGGCAUCUCCACCGGCACCGGCACCGGGCAGGCGGACAGAUCCAUUCAUUCAUUCCCCUUCCCCUCGACCGGAAUCGGAAUUGGAUCAAAGAGAAGAAGCAAGAUCCAAGUGCUCUGCUCUGCUCUGCUCUGCUGCCGGCCGGCCAAGAUCCAACCUUGUACCAGGAGAGCGUCGUCGGAAGGGAAGGGAAGGGAGGAUGCUGCGGCGGCACAAGGGAAGGGAAUCGGCGGCGUCGUCGUCGGAUUCCACCUUCUACCAGCUGCGCCCCGAGUGCGCCCACAACGUCCCCGACACCAAGUUCAAGAUCAAGAUUGGCAAGACGCUGAGCGUACGCAAAUGGCACGCCGCCUUCACGCACCACGGAUCCCUCCACAUCGCCUCUGUUCUAAACCGGAUUCAGAGCGGGGGUGUGCACCCCGCAAUCAGGGGAGAGGUCUGGGAGUUCCUGCUCGGCUGCUUCGAUCCCGAGAGCACAUUCGAUGACCGCGACCACAUCAGGCAAGCAAGAAGGAUACAGUAUGCUAGAUGGAAGGAACAAUGCAAACACAUGGAUCCUCACGUCGGCAGCGGCAAAAUCAUCACCGCCCCCAUCAUAACUGAGGAUGGCGUGCCUAUCAAGGACCCUUUGGUUUUACUUGAAGCCGCCACUCCAGACCAGCAAGCUAGUCCGAUCACCACCAAGAAUGGAGAUGAGGCCAACCAGUCGUCUGCAAACCGCCUGACGGAUAAACAGACUAUCGAAUGGAAGCUUACGCUGCACCAAAUCGGUCUUGAUGUUCUUCGCACUGACCGCUCCAUGGUCUUCUACGAGAAGAAAGAAAAUCUAUCCAAGUUAUGGGAUAUUCUAGCUGUCUACGCGUGGAUCGACAAAGAAGUUGGGUAUUGCCAAGGAAUGAGUGAUUUAUGCUCACCGAUGAUAGUGCUACUCAAUGAUGAAGCAGACGCGUUUUGGUGCUUUGAGAGACUCAUGCGUAGACUGCGGGGGAAUUUCAGAUGCACACAGCAAUCCGUUGGGGUUGAAAACCAGCUUCAGCACCUUGCCUCUAUCAUUCAGGUGCUGGACCCAAAGUUACAUGACCACCUCGAAACACUUGGCGGAGGCGACUAUCUCUUUGCGUUCCGCAUGUUCAUGGUAUUGUUUCGCCGUGAACUGUCAUUUGGGGACUCCUUGUACCUUUGGGAGAUGAUGUGGGCUCUAGAAUAUGACCCUGACAUGUUCUCCACAUAUGAAGAGAGCGGGCCUGCAACUGACAGAAGUGCUCAAGGAUAUAAACCAAGAGUAAAAUCAACCCGUCAGUUUGGCAAGUACGAGAGGGCGAAUAUGAAGAGUGCUACUAACGGUGUUGAUGGGCCUGUCCCUAUUUCUGUUUUCCUGGUUGCUAGUGUAUUGAAAGAGAACAGUCAGAAGCUGUUGCAAGAAGCCCGGGGAUUAGAUGACAUUAUUAGGAUAUUGAACAAUGUUAAUGGGAACUUGGAUGCAAAGAAGGCUUGCGCUGGUGCACUGAAACUUCACGCCAAGUACCUUAGAAAGAUGCAGGGAAAGAAAGCCUAACAUAGCACAGACACCGACACUUCCCCUGGACACGGACACGGUCUCACAAUUGUACCACCUGGACACGGACUCAAAAUUGUAUGUAAAUUUGGAUGCAGAGCUUUGUUGUUUGGAAACGUUGAAGUUUCAGAUAUGCGCCAGCCAACCAACCAACCAACCAACCGGUAAAAUGUGCAUAAGCAAGUCAAGUGUAUUUUUCUUGGUUUUCCAAGUGUAAGAAAGAUUCUUUAUUUUUGCUCAAAAGAAGAUGAUUUCAUUUUAAUGUGUAAUUAAUUAUGUCAUUGUUAUUAAAGGAAAAAAGGAAAAGGGGUAAUUAAAGGAAAA